AUGGUUGAGAAUGAAUUAAUUGAUGACAAUAGCUUAACUUAUAAAACGAGGUUAGAUGGAACCCCAAAACUUGAUUCCUUUUUUAACAAGGAUGGUUUAUUAAUAAGAACCUAUUCCUGGACAGUUAAGAAGGCAUUAGGGAUAUUAGUUUUAAUUCAUGGUUUAAAUUCUCAUUUUCGGUUAGAAUAUUUAAAACAUAAUGCGGAUAUCAUAAGUAAUGAUAAAGCAGUAUUGAUAGAUUCAGAUGAUUAUUAUAUAUAUAAGGAUAGUUGGAUAGAACGUUUGAAUAAUGAAGGUUAUUCUGUUUAUGGUAUAGAUUUACAGGGUCAUGGGAAAUCAGAUGGAUGGCAAAAUUUAAGAGGUAAUGUAAAUUAUUUUGAUGACUUAGUAUAUGAUGUUAUACAAUAUAUAAAUAAAAUAAAUAGUUCUGUAAUAAAAGAAAGAGUAGAUCCGACGGAAUAUUCAUAUUCAAAUUAUAAUUAUUAUUAUAAAAAUCGAUUGCCUAAUAUUGUGAGACCUCCUUUAUAUAUAAUUGGUCUUUCUAUGGGUGGAAAUAUUGCUUUGAGAGUCUUAGAAUUAAUAGGUAAAUCACAAGAAGUUAAUGAUAAUUUAAAUAUAAAAGGAUGUAUAUCUUUAGCAGGUAUGGUAUCGAUUGAUGAAAAUGGAUCUAGAAUUCCUUUUAAAUAUAAAUAUUUUUUUGUACCUUUAUCAAGAUAUGUAUCCUAUUUUUUCCCCACUUUUCGUCCUAGUCCAAAAAUGAAUUUUGAAAAAUUUCCAUAUGUAAAUGAUAUUAUAAAUUUUGAUAAGAACAGAUAUGAUAAAUGGAUAACUAUGAGAUUCGCACGUCAAAUUUUAGAAGCAACAUGGAAUUUACAGGAAGACAUGAAAUAUAUACCUAAAGAAAUACCUCUAUUAUUUAUUCACUCGAAGGAUGAUUGUGCAUGUUAUUAUGAAGGGGCUGAGGCUUUUUUUAAUAAAUUAGAAAAUAAUAAUAAAGAACUUCAUACAUUAUAUGAUAUGGAUCAUCUCCUAACCAUGGAGCCAGGAAAUGAAAAAGUUCUUGAUAAGGUUAUUACGUGGAUUAAAAGUAUAAGAGAAGAGGAUACUGAUAAUAGUUCAACACAAUUUAUGGAUGAUGAAAAUAUGCUUAAUGCUAUUUUACAAUUAAAUCUUGAAAAACAGAAUAAUGAUGAUUUUAUUGCACAAAAAGAAAACAUGGAAAUGUUUACUGUACUUUUAGAUAAUGAAAACGAUACUUGUAAUAUUAUUGAUAAAGAAUUAAUUGAAAAUAAUAUGACACAUUCGGAGUUAGAAACUGUAAUUAAUUGA